AUGUACGGCAUGAAUCAAGCGUACCAGGCGCCUGACCCGAGUGCGCAGCUUCCUCAUGUGCAUCUGAUAUCCUCAUACCGUUUUCCUACCCAGCCUGGCCUACAAGCCCCCCAGGCUCUCGAGUAUCUCAUCAAGGGUCCCCAAAUCGUGCGCGACACCUCACCCGUCGCCUGGACCUUUCUGUCAGCCCCUCCCCCAGAUGGCACUGUUAUCCUCACAUGGCAGUCCCCGCGCAUGGGCAACAAUUUCGCCUCAGAUGGUAUGGUGUGGGCUGAUGCCGAGAACGUGUAUGAUAUGAAUAUUCGCGGAUAUACUCUCCAGGUCCUUGUCCACAACAGCGGAUACCACUACCCACACGAGCCAUAUGCCAUGCAUGCGCGCCAUCGUUACCGAAUCGCUGCUGGGCCUGGUACCAUUGACCCGAACCUCUGGUUGGUGCACUACAAGCCAGCAGAUCCGCAGAGCAGAAUCCCCGCCUCCCAGAUUCCAAUCACACGAGAAGUACAUGGCAUGCUUCAGAUGCGCGCUCAAUUACAGCAAGCUGGGCCAUUGAUGCGCAAGGAGUUUAUGCUAGUCGACCAAGCCAACUGGCCCAAGGUUGAAUUUGGACAGCAGGCCAUGAGAGGCCCGCAGCCUUACUACAACCCGAUGCAACCAGGCCGGCCAUAUGCUGCGCAACCUCCUCCGGCCAAGCGUCAGCGCCUACCCGCUCAGGCACAACCUCGCCAACCUCCUGUCGGCGCGAUUAUACCAGACAAUUCCCUGGAAGAGGAAGAGAAUGCGACACAAGAUGCAUUCGACUUCCUAACUCCGCGCGAAAUAAGCUUGUCGCGCUACAAGCAGCAUCACGAAUGGAUGGAGGAGAUAUUCUCGUCGCCUUAUGCCGUCGGGAAGAUUGCGCCUAUCGAUCUGGGUUUGGGCCUGAUGGGUGAGCUUGCUCCGCUUACUGCAGGUAUUCUAGACGUUCCUGGAGCGGAAAAUGUGGAGCCAGGAAAGGAUAGCUACCAAAUCAAGAACUACUACAAGCUGGAGCCGGAGCAACUAAAGGAAUUCGAAAAGCGCGUCUCAGAGUACACGACAAAUGAGCAAGCUGAGAUUGAUAAGAUGAAGGCCGAGCACGCAAAGAAGAUGGUACAGUUGAAGCGCACGCGAACGUACAUCAAAGCCGAACGAAGAUUACGGGAUCUUCUACGCUCAUCCGAGAGUGACGGUGACAACGCGGAUCCUGUGGAGGAAGUUGUACAAGACCUAGAAAAGUCACUGGGGGUUAAAUUCGAUGAAAAGAAGGCUAUUGUCUGUGUGGACAAGGGAGGAUUCAUUGAACCACAGGCACCAUCUCCGAAAGCCCAAGUCAACGGCGACGGAGCUCAGCAAAACACAAACGGCACAUCAAGUGGUAUGAACAACGACGCGUCCAUGGAAGAUAAUUCUGCUGCAAACCUACUGGAUCAAUACGGUAAUGGUUCGCUUUCAGGUACACCUGUCGGGAACAUCUCAUUGCCUAGACUAUCACAGCCUCCAAGCCAGUCGCACUCCACCACUGGCACACCCAACGUACCCAACAACCCAAACCAGACAGCGACAUUCGACCAACAAGACACAAACCUGGAUGUAGGUGCCGAUCUUCUGGACUUGGAUGUGGAAAUGUCUGGCAUGGCGGCUGCAGGAGAGAAGGACUGGGUCAUGGUGAACGAGCAAUCAGGAAAUGCACAACAGCCAGGUAGUGGCCAACAACCCACUAUGAACAACAAUCAGCCAACGACCAAUGCAGGUGUCAUGCCCUCUUCCAACAUCGAAGCUGAUGCAGGCAGUAUGUUCGAUACUGCCGACUUUGGAAGCUUCGACAACCUCGAUAGCGCUGGAGAUGCGUUGGCAGACUAUGGCCAUGAUGAUAACCUGGGCUUGGAUCUGGUUGAUGAUUCAGCAUUUGGAGAUGCUUUCCAUGGAACGGAGAUGCACCACGAUGAAACUGGUGAGGGUGACCAUGCAUAG